AUGAGCCUGAGCACACCCGAUAUGCCCGCCGUGUUGGGAAUUAGGGUGCAUAGUAUUCAAUCCGCUAGUGUGCCUCUGAAAAUUCUCGACAUUUUUUGGGCCAAUCAUUCGCCCACUGUUUGCCACAAAAGACAGUAUAUGUCCGCCAUUUUCUAUCACAAUUCAGAACAGAAACAAUUGGCCGAAGAGUCUAUGAAAGAGGCGCAGAAGAAGUUGACUCAACCGAUUCAGACAAAGAUUUUGCCAUUGGAUGUGUUCUAUGAGGCGGAAGACUAUCAUCAGAAGUAUAUGUUAAGAAAACACUCAAAUCUCAUCAAAAGUUUGGGAUUGAGUGACAAGCAGUUAAUCGGCGGACACAUCGCCGCACGAAUUAACGGCUAUUUGGGACACUUCGGCACUUUUGCCACUUUCGACAAAGAGGCCAACAAUUGGGGCAUUAAUUGCGAUCAAAAGAACUAUAUAUUGGAUCAAAUGAAUCAAUGGGGACAGAAAGAAGGGGUACUCAAUGAAAAAGGUCGACAACGAUUAAGUGGCGACCUCUGGACGACUUCUUUGGCACUCUUGGCGAUACUACUGGACACUACCUGGGCAACUCCUUCAGACGACACUCCCGAAAAUCCGGACGUACACCUGUGGACCCCUGACCGAUACUGUGUGACGUCUCGUACUCUGGUCACGUGGUUGUCGCCAUCUCUCUGA